GCAUCUGUCUUUCGCUCUACACAACAAAGAGCAAACUGCCUUUGCGUCAACACAGAUCUCAAGGUGAAACUUUUCAACGAACAUCCUCUGGUUUGCUUGUUGUCCAGAAAAGCUGAAAAGACUCGCGCAGCCCAGCCAGGAGAAGCCAAAUUGUCGUGGAAAUUAGACAACACUCGCAGACUCGUCCUCUGAAGGUUAUAAUACACGACCAACAUAGAAAAGGUUUCAUUCUAUAGCCAACGGGAUCCCGAGGACUUGAUUACAGUCGCUCUAAGCCUGAGAGUUUGCGUUAGUGCGGCCGCCCGCCCUCUCAUUCGCUCUGCGCUCGCUGGUUCCCUGGCAUCACCUCCUGCCACCUGCUCAGAAGGGAAGGAAAAGACCUGGUUGUUAGACGCCCAGCACAACUGUUUCUCCAAGAAUUUCUGAUUAGGUUUACCUCCCAAAACUUCAAAAAUGACUCCGAAUGGAUAUUUGAUCUUCGAGGACGAGACCUUCCUGGAUUCCACUGUCGCCAAGAUGAACGCCCUUAGGAAGAGCGGACAGUUCUGCGACGUCAGACUGCAGGUGUGCGGUCACGAGCUGAUGGCGCACCGUGCGGUGCUGGCUUGCUGCAGCCCGUACCUGUUUGAGAUCUUUAACAGCGAUCUGGAGCCUCACGGCAUCUCCCACGUGAAGUUUGACGAUCUGAACCCCGAGGCUGUGGAGAUCCUGCUCAACUAUGCCUAUACUGCCCAGUUGAAAGCAGAUAAGGAGUUGGUUAAGGAGGUUUACUCUGCAGCCAAACGGCUUAAGAUGGAAAGAGUGAAGCAGAUUUGCGGAGACUUCCUGCUCUCUAAGAUUGAUUCCCAGAAUGCCAUUUCCUAUCGCAACUUUGCCAGCAGCAUGGGGGACACUCGUCUGCUAGCCAAGAUUGACUGCUACAUCCAGGAACAUCUUUUGGAGAUCUCGGAGCAGGAGGAUUUCCUCAAACUGCCUCGCCUGAAGUUGGAGGUGAUGCUAGAGGAUCAUCUGAGCUUGCCCAGCAAUGGAAAGCUGUACUCGAAGGUGAUCGGUUGGGUGCAGCGCAGCCUGUGGGAGAACGGGGAGCCGCUAGAGAGACUGAUGGAGGAGGUGCAAACGCUGUACUACUCGGCCGAUCACAAGCUGCUCGAUGGGGGCCUGCUUGAGGGCCAGGCCGAGGUGUUUGGCGCUGAGGAUGACCGCGUUCAGUUUGUGCAGAAAAAGACCCCGCGAGAGAACGUUCACAGGCAGCUGAGCAACAGCUCCUCCGGCAGCCUCUCGCCCGGCUCGGCCAAACAAGAGUGGAAGUACAUCGCCUCCGAGAAGACCACCAACAGUACAUACCUGUGCCUGGCGGUGCUCAACGGCGUGCUCUGCGUCAUCUUCCUGCACGGCCGGAGCAGUCCCCAGGCCUCGCCUUCGGCCACGCCCUGCCUGCAGAAGAGCCUCAGCUUCGAGGCUCCGCCCCUAGAAGAGGAUCAGGAGCGAAUGCUGGCUCCCAUGCACUACGCCCGUUCUGGCCUCGGCACCGCCGCACUGAACGACCGACUUGUAGCUGCAGGUGGUUAUAACCGUGAGGAGUGCCUGAGGACUGUUGAAUGUUACGACCUGAAGACUGACCGCUGGAGUUUUAUUGCACCGAUGAGGACACCUCGGGCCCGCUUUCAGAUGGCUGUGCUCAUGGGUCAGCUGUACGUGAUGGGUGGCUCCAACGGCCACUCGGAUGAGCUGAGCUGCGGGGAGAUGUACAAUCCGAAUUUGGACGAGUGGACCCAAGUGCCAGAGCUCCGGACCAACCGCUGCAACGCAGGUGUCUGCUCCCUCAACAACAAGCUCUACGUUGUGGGUGGAUCGGACCCCUGUGGGCAGAAAGGUCUGAAGAACUGUGACACUUUUGAUCCUGUGACCAAGGAGUGGACCAGCUGUGCCUCCUUAAACAUCAGGAGGCACCAGGCGGCCGUUUGCGAGUUGGACGGUUAUAUGUACGUGAUCGGAGGAGCAGAGUCCUGGAACUGUCUAAACAGUGUGGAGCGCUACAAUCCUGAGAACAACACCUGGACGCUGGUGGCCCCCAUGAACGUGGCUCGGAGAGGUGCUGGAGUGGGCAUCUACGCAGGUAAAAUGGAGAAAAUGUUGGAACGAGGAAGGCUACCGUGUAAAAAUGGCGGUGUUUCAGAUCAAAGAUGGUGCUUAUGUCGUCUCACAGGGAAGCUGUUUGUAGUGGGCGGCUUCGACGGCUCCCACGCCCUGCGCUGCGUAGAGGUCUACGACCCAGCCCGCAACGAGUGGAGGAUGCUAGGGAGUAUGAACUCGGCGCGGAGCAAUGCUGGCGUGGCCGUGCUUGGCAACCUGAUCUUCGCGGUGGGCGGGUUUGACGGCAACGACUUCCUGAACACCGUGGAGGCGUACAACCCGGCGCUGGACGAGUGGAGCACCUGCUCCGAGGCUUUCAGCAGUGCCUGAAAGGCGUGAUGGGCAGGACGGGAAGUGUUAGUGGGUAAUGUCUCUCUCAAACUAACAGGCUUAGUGACGUAAUCGUGCUUCGUGAUGUUCUGUAUGUUAAUGGGAAAAUGGGUGGGGCUUUUAAUAAGUAGAGGGGAGGGUUAUGUGGGUCUUCAAUGAAGACUGAUUUAGAGAGGGAUGGUGGGGAUGAGUCAAUGCGGGGGGGGGGGGAUGGGGUCUUGCAGAAAGCAACUUGUGCUGUACAUAUGGUUUUUCAUUAGUGGUUUUUUUUUUUUGUUUUGUUUUUUUUUUUUUUUAAAUUUGCCAAUCUUUACUGCACAUUCAUUGAUUGUAGCUUUUGAGUGGAUAAUUAAGUUAGGAAAGGUUUUCCAGGAAGGCACUGGCAGGAUUAAAUGAUUUAGCUGGAUUUCAGUUUAGUGCUUUUUUAAAUUUUUUUUUAAAUUUUUUUUUUUUUAAAUAGUAUUAGCAUACAUGUGGUUACAUAAAAGCCUUAUUCAACAAACGAUCACUUGCAUAGCUUAUCUUUUCGCAUUAACCGUUAUGCAGGAUUGGGUUUACCAAUCAGUAAUGAUGGCCUUUUUAUAUUUUUGAUACACUGCUGGUUGAUAGACGAGCUAAGCAGACGCACAUGGACCUUAAAUCAGUGCCAGUUUAGUUAUACAAGUAUACACACGAGUGCGCACACACACACUUCAACAUUUCUGCUAGCUAAAAUCUGCAUUUGGACUAACUCAUGACUUUUUAUUUUAUUUUAUUUUAUUUCAAUGUCUAAUAUCUUCUGUGUUAGGAAUUUCAGGUACAUAGUUCUUCAAUGUGUUUUGUUUUCACAUGAAACUGAAAUGGUGGCUGAGAUUCUGUAUACCACUUGUUACAAGCUGAUAUUUCUUAACAAAUAGAUCAUUUCAGCCUCAAA